AAGCGAAUAUUUUAAAAAAUAUUUUACGUUAAAAAUAAUACUUAAUUACGUAUUGAAUUAAAUUUUCAAGUUUAGGGAAAAUUGUGUUGACAUCGCCACGUGACAAUUUCAGAAGAAUAAAAAAUGAAUGAAUCUAAUGAUGCAGUAGAUGAAGAAAAUAAAGUUUCUAAUUGUAAUAAUGAACAAGAUGUUGAAAAUAAAUCAUCACUAUUUUCUACUCCUUUAUACAUCCAAAGAUAUGCUAUGGCUAAAAAUAUUUUGUCUGACGAACCUGGAAUUAAGAAGAUAGUCGAUUUUGGAAGUGCAGAAGGCAAAUUUUUUAAAUAUAUAAAAUAUUUGCCAAGAGUAGAAGAAAUAAUAUUAGUUGAUAUAAAUGAAAACAUUAUUGGAAAUUUAACGUAUGCUGUGAGACCACUUCCUUGGGACUAUCUUUGUAAAAGGGAUCAAACUUUAAUGGUGAGAAUAUUUGUCGGAAGUGUAUCUUCACCCGAUUUAAACAUUUUAAAGAAUGUCGAUGCCAUUACUUGUAUUGAACUCAUAGAACAUCUUAAACCUGAAGAGCUAGAAAAAUUUCCAAAAAGUAUUUUUGGACUCAUUCGGCCAAAAAUAGUUAUCCUGACAACGCCAAACAGCGAUUAUAAUGUUCUGUUUCCAAAUUUUAAAGGAUUUCGUCACUGGGAUCACAAAUUUGAAUGGAGUACCCAAGAGUUUCAAAAAUGGUGUCGUGACGUAGUGGACUCUUAUCCUCGGUAUACGGUAGAAUUUUCUGGAGUUGGGAAUCCGCCGGAAGAAUCGAAACAUCUCGGUUACUGUACGCAAAUUGCAAUAUUUAGAAGAUCUGGCCAACAGAAUGUUGUGGAAUAUCCAGUGACAGAUUUCGAACCAUAUACUUUGAUAAAAGAAUUUGAGUAUCCAGGAAAAAAUGAAGUUAAAAAGGAGGACUAGUCAAUUUUAAGCAUGAUGUCUUUUUUAUAAUUUUACUUCAUAAAAGAAACUGCUAAAAUAAGUUUUUAUUUUACAUAUUUUAUACACUUUUC